AUGUUCCUCCAGCGUGGAUCGAGAGCGCUCCGCUCGCAAUGGGGAGCUUCCAGGGCCGUCGGCCGCGUCGCCGUGGGCAAAUCACCACAAUCCGGGGUCCCCAGAUGGUUCUCCGAGUCCAGACGCCUAUACGCCGUCAAGCCAGUCUUAUUAGCAGAUAUCGGUGAAGGCAUCGUCGAAUGUGAGGUCAUCCAGUGGUUCGUCGAGCCCGGCGCCCGCGUCGAGGAGUUCUCCCCGCUCUGCGAGGUCCAGAGCGACAAGGCCUCGGUCGAAAUCACCUCCCGCUUCACCGGCACCGUCAAGAAGCUCUACUACGAGGCCGGCGAGAUGGCCAAGGUCGGCAAGCCCUUUGUCGACAUUGACAUUCAGGGCGCUGCCGCCGACGCCGCCGACGCGCCCACAGCCAAAGAGGCGGCUCCCGCCACGCCCGCACCGGCUGAGGUUCAGACUCCGGCCCCCGCACCCGUGUCGCCCGCGCCGCCUGCGGAGUCGCCCGCCACGCCCAAGCCCAAGGGCAAGGGCGCGUCCAUCUCGACGCCCGCGGUCCGCCACCUCUCCAAGGAGCUGAGCGUGGACAUCAACGACGUGGACGGCACCGGCAAGGACGGCCGCGUCACCAAGGAGGACAUCCUCAAGUUCGCCCAAGGCAGGGACGCCUCUCCCGGCAGCUCGGGGGCGCCCGCCGCGGCGGCCCCGACAGACACGUCCGUCCAGACGGAGACGCGACAGCCGCUCACGCAGACGCAGCAGAUGAUGUUCAAGACCAUGUCGCGCUCCCUCACCAUCCCGCACUUCCUCUACGCCGACGAGAUCGACUUCUCCGACCUCGUCAGCCUGCGCGCGCGCCUCAACAAGGUCCUCGCCAAGACGCCGCGCGACGGCGAGCAGCCUGCCAAGCUGUCAUACCUGCCCUUCAUCAUCAAGGCCGUGUCGCUAGCUCUGUACCAGUUCCCCAUCCUCAACGCGCGCGUCGAGCUGGACCCCGCGGUCAACGGCGGCAAGCCGUCGCUCAUCAUGCGCUCCCAGCACAACAUCGGCGUCGCCAUGGACGCGCCGCAGGGGCUGGUCGUUCCCGUCAUCAAGAACGUCGGCGCGCUCAACAUCGUCACCAUCGCAGCGGAGCUGCACCGCCUGCAGGCGCUCGCGCAGCAGGGCCGCCUCACGCCGGCCGACAUGGCCGGCGGCACCAUCACCGUGUCCAACAUUGGCAAUAUCGGCGGCACCUACCUCAGCCCCGUCAUCGUCGAGCGCGAGGUCGCCAUCCUCGGCAUCGGCCGCAUGCGCACCGUCCCUGCGUUCGACGAGAACGACGACAUCGUCAAGAAGCAGGUCUGCAACUUUAGCUGGAGCGCGGAUCACCGCGUCGUCGACGGCGCCACCAUGGCCCGCGCCGCUGACGUGGUCCGCAGCGUGGUCGAGGAGCCGGACGUGAUGGUCAUGCACCUCCGCUAA